CAAGUCAGCAACAACAGCAGCAGCAAGACCAGAAUCAGUUGAGGAGGAGGCCUGGUGGUGUGCUGAACAUUUCGCCGCCCACACCCACCAUUUCUGUAGGCCUGUAUGACCCUGAGCCCAACGCCGGCAUGGCAAAUCCGGUCUUCCUGAGGAGGCGGGGCUCUAGUGUGAGGCGCGCUUUUGCCCCAAAAGCAACAACGACAGCGGCAGUAGGGUCGGCGCCCCCUGCGUGACCGAGUCCAUCUUAGCAAUCGGUCCUUUUGGCGGUGUUAUGCCGACGCGGCGGUCGCGCUUAUGAGGACUGCCUGCAAUGCUUGGCCAUGAGACGGCGUCAUCAGCAACAUUUCAAUCACGCUCAGCUGGUUGACCGGGGGCAACAUGCUUGCCAUGCAGCAACAAUGGUGCAUGCAGUCCAGCAUGCAGCAACAACAACAAUAUUGGCAGCAGCAGCAUAAUGUUUCGCAGCAGAUUCCAUCUGGCAACUUCCGACGACCAGACUCCUCGCUUGGCCCCUGGAGACUCGCUCUGGACAACCGGCGCCUUCAUGCAGAUGACGCUGGACUGCGGCGAUUUUUUCCCUCCAGCCACAGAUGGGAAGCUCACAUCAUGGCAUAUAUGCGGCAUCGUGCUAAUCAGCUCCCCCAUGCUGAGCGAGAUCUUGAUGCGGCGAUGCACUCACUAGCGAGCAGCGGGAACAGCAUACAGCGUCAGCAACAGCAGGAAGAGACUUUGUAGCAGAAGCCUUUCGGCAUUCUCCGACGACCCGACUCCUCGUUCGGGGUCAGGCAAAUUGUACUGGACCGACAAAUUUUCCCGGCGUUU